CCAAAUAAGAGGGCAAACAAAAAGCCACUCGACGAAAACUAUUCAAAUGAAAACCCAGCAAAGACAAAUCAGAUAAUAAAGCGAGCAGGCACACGCACACAGAUAAACACAAGCCAUCCCGAGCGGUCAGCAAUUAGGAAAACCCACAGCAAACCACCCACAGCAAACCACCAACAGCAGCACCACCAGCAACCCACCAUCCACCAACCUCCAACCACACGACCCACCGACAUCAACAAGUUCACCCCACCAGUCGCAUUCGAGCCACCGAACUCACGAUGAAUUUAAUGUUUCGCAAGAAUUUCCGCGAGGGGGCCAGCAAGUCGGGCGGCGGCGGGGGAAAGCUGCAGUCGAAGGCCAACAGGACGAAGCGAUCCCGGGACAUGGGACUUGUCCAGCAGCCGGAGGAGAUCCACUACAGGACCCACCUCUUCUUCUCGCCCAACCGACCUGGCUACGAUGUGGGCGAAGAACGAUGUAGCGCCCUGUCAGGCAUCCCGAGCACCCCGCUCUCGAGCACCGCCCCCUCGCUGGCCCUGCCCGGCAACCUGCCCUACGAGCUGGACAUUCCUCAGCCGCUGGUCGACCGCCGGCCGUCCGUCUCCCUGAUGCGCUGGAGCAGCAGCGGACCGGGUACGGAGUGCAACAGCAACAGCAACGGCAACAGCGCCAGUAACAGUUUGAUCCGCCUGCAGCAGCAGCAGCAGCAGCAGCAACUACAGCAGCAACUGCAGCAGCAGCUGCAGCAGCAAAUGCAACAGCAGCAGCAGCAACAUCUAUUGGCAACAGCAACAGCAACAACACUGGGGUACGCUGAUGCAACGGUGGCCACGGCAACAACAACAUUGCUAGCGGCCGCAGCUGCAGCCACGCGGCAAGUGAACUUUGGUGGCGGCGCCAACUCGGGAGUCACACGAGCGGAACCUAUCUCAUUGGCCACCCUGGAUCGCGACUGCUUCAUCAUUCCCGUGCACAGUGUGGACCGAUUCCUGCCCGCUGGCAUUCCUCUGCCCGCCUUAAGUGCCGAUGGUAAGGCCACAAGCCCUCUAAGUGUCCUGGAGGUCUCCGAUCCGAAGCUGUGCAUCCUGGUGCACUUGAUGAGUCCCCUGGAGGCCAUCGAUCCGGUGAUGGAGUCGCCACUCGCGCAUCCGCUGCUCAAGCAGCGCUCCAUUGCCGCCGAAUUGGUAACCGAAGUGCAGCAGGCCAACACGGCAGUGGGCGGAAUGCUGCUGGCCAACAUGGAGAAGAGUUCCGAGUUCCCCUUCAUCUCGUACUACCUGAUCAAUACGCUGCAAACGGAUCCCUCCAGCUUCUAUGCUGGCCUGCGCGUCUCCUCGUUGUCCAAGUUUGAGCCAAAGGCCCUGAAAUACACUGCCGCCCACACACUGGAUCUGUACAGCGAGGUGGCCGCCAUUUGCCGCCCGCCGUUGGUUUUGCCCUCCAACGAGGUGGGCAGCUUCAAGAAAUCGCAGACCGCGGCCACCGGCUACAUUAUUAGCGUGUUCAAGGUUUUCGAGGGCGACGAUGGCGAACGAUUCGAAAAGAACUGGCUCUACUGGACUGGAGCCCGGAUGUUGUACAGGUACCUGCCACGUGCCGCGGGCCUGAGGCGCAUCGCCCUGCACAAGAGCACCUCGCAGAAGGGCGACAAGAUGUAUCUUCUGGUGUGCGAGUGCGCCGAGCUGCUGAAGGACAUCUCGCUGGCCGCCUUCCUGAUUCCGGCGCUGCGGGCGCGGCUGUGCGGAUACACCGGACUCUAUCGACCAAUACAGGCCUUCUAGUCUAUAGCGCCGGAGCCACGUAUUUUUCUAUCUGUAUCUGUAUAUAGUGGAUCUGGUGUAUGGAGUAUGGAGUAUGGAGCCUACUCCAGCUAUGGCUAAGCUAAUGCUAAACAAACACUGCAAUGUGAGGGAAACUGCACCUGUUACGUGAUUCUAAUUCGAUAUUAACUAGGCCUAAACAAAUUUUUCAACUCUCUCUAGCAUCAUCAGCGCUGCGAAAUUGCAGGGAAUUGAUGUGCUAGGAUACGCGCGAUUAGGCAUCUUACUUAAGUAGUAGACAAUGUACUCAAGGUAACUUCAUAUCGUGUGCUAGAUUUUUCUAUAAAUCAUAUAGAGGCAAGCCCAAUUAAUAGGACCAUAUCUAGUGUGAGUUGGUAGCGAAGAACUUCCAUUUUAGCCACAACAAAUAGAGAUUCAGUGGGAACUAUAUAUGUAUACCAAUAUAUCACUUAUUUGAACGCUGAAUUUUGCGCUGAAAUGUAGGCUAUGAAAUCUGCAAACCAAGAGUCAAUUCUUAGCAUUAAUAACCUAAAUGAUUGUGAAGCUGGGGAAUGAAUAUAAUUGAAUGGGUUUCAUCGGAGGGAUGGGGGAUGUAGCUAACUUUGCCCAAAUCUAACACAAAUCUGCCAAAGAUAUAAGCAAGUCUAAACUUAAUUUGUUUAAAACUCAAACAAUUGUUUAAAAUUGCAUAUUUUGUAUAUCUAAGCAAAUGAUUAAGCCAAAUAAGAUUUUCAAUCAAAACAUUGACUAAUUAUUGCUUGGCUGCAGCUUGCCACUUACACUUUAGGACUUAUACCGUACAUAAUAGCAUACAUUUAUGACAAUUGUAAAUAGUCUUUGCUCCGAAUACACAAAUAUGCCAGAUUCCUGGCCUAUACAUAUUUGAGAAUUAUAUAAUUUUGCACAAUAACAACAGAAUCAAAAAGUGCUGUGAUAAUUAAACUAAAGCAGAGCAGAGCCGCAAAUGCAAAGAACAUAAUAAAAGAAAAAAACCAAUGAAUAGGGAUCAUCCCAGCCAUAGAACCUAAUUUCACCCAGUCAAAGACAAUAUCAUUUAGCUACCAUUGAAUAUUCACUGGUCUGUGGCUCUUUUUUUUCAAAACAAAUCCAAUUAUUUAGAUAACCUAAAAACAGAUAACUCUCAAUGCUUAUGCUAAGCCUAAAGCCUAAGAAUAUAUUAACUACCAAAUGUUCGAACUUUUUUGUCACAUCUUAAGCUGCAAGCUUGGAGCGCGUUUAGCAUUAAUAAUAAAGCGUAACACUGAAAUA